CACAUCUUAUUUUCUGUACCUCUAGAAACAACUCUGUUUGCAGUAUCAUCGCGUUAGACAGCACAACUUUUUAACGUCUAGUGUCCCUGUGAAAAGUCCUGAAAGAAAAUGGGUGCACGUUAUGAUAGAGCUAUCACUGUAUUUUCUCCUGAUGGACAUCUUCUGCAAGUUGAAUAUGCCCAAGAAGCUGUCAGCAAAGGUUCCACCGCUAUUGGUAUUCGGGGUCAUGAUGUAGUCGUUCUUGGGGUGGAGAAGAAAUCUGUUGCUAAGCUUCAAGAAGAAAGAACCGUCCGCAAAAUAUGCCUGCUUGACGAUCAUGUAGUCAUGGCUUUUGCAGGUUUGACUGCUGAUGCAAGAAUUCUCAUCAAUCGAGCUCAAAUAGAGUGUCAAUCUCAUAAGUUAACAGUUGAGGAUCCUGUAACACUUGAGUACAUUACUCGAUACAUUGCUACAAUGAAACAGAAGUACACUCAAAGCAAUGGCCGUCGCCCAUUUGGUAUCUCAUGUCUCAUAGCAGGAUUUGACUUUGAUGGCAAACCUCAUUUAUUUCAAACAGAACCCUCUGGUAUAUAUUAUGAGUGGCUGGCGAACUCUACUGGUAGACAAGCUGCCACUGUUCGUAGUUACCUAGAAAAGAAUUACAAGCUAGAAGACAUGAAGACUGAGUCGGACUGUGUCAAACUGGCAAUCAAGGCACUACUUGAAGUUGUGCAAUCUGGACGCAAAAACUUGGAAAUUGCAGUCAUGAAGCGAGGCGAACCCAUGAGAAUGUUAGAUGGAGAGAAGAUUGAUGAGUACAUCAAAAUUAUUGAUGCUGAAAAGGAUGAAGAGGCGGAGAAAAAGAAGGGAAAGAAGUGAGGCUGACCCUAAUUUUAUUGUUUGAAUAUUUUUUUGCCUUCACCAUAUAAAUCUAAAACUACCCUUUGGCUGUAAUAAAAACCUUCUGUCUUUCUA